GUCCAGGAAAGUUGGCCAGUCUCUUGUUGCAUUUCUUACAAGUCUCCCUUGGCAUUGGUUUUUUCAUUGCCUCUUGCUAAGAAACGACUAUUAGUGUUUUUCUUGCUUCAGAAGUUCUUCUGAGCUUACCAUUUGUUAGUUCUUCACCAGUGUAUAUGUAUGCCUUUCAUGCAAAUUCUCAUGGGGUCGGUGCAAUUUCCAUAAUUAUUUUACGAGCCUGCAGCUCAUUCAGUUGACAAUUGGAUUAGUUAUUGGAUGACAAAAGUUGGUGCUUGAACCAGACAUGGCAGAAGGAGCGGAAGUUGAGGAGCGGGUGGAUCUUGACGAAGACAACUACAUGGAAGAGAUGGAUGAUGAUGUAGAAGAGCAAAUAGAUGAAGAUGGAGUAGAUGGAGUAGAUGGAGGCAGUGAUGAAAAUGUGGAGGAGAAUGCUGAAGAAGCACAUGAAGAUCCUACAACUAAGGCUAGCGAGAAAGAUCAAUCACCAGAACCAGAUGAAAGCCAUAAUGCUGGUGAAUUUGUGGACGAUGAAGAGAAACCUUCUGCUUCUGUCAAUGAAGAGGAGAAAGAGAAACAUGCUCAACUUCUUGCCCUUCCUCCCUAUGGGUCUGAAGUUUUCAUUGGUGGACUUCCUAAAGACACCUUGGAAGAAGAUCUGAGGGAUCUAUGCGAUGAAAUAGGCGAAAUUAUUGAGAUAAGAUUAAUGCAAGACAGAGAAACUGGUGAAAGCAAGGGUUAUGCAUUUAUAGGAUUUAAGACUAAAGAGGUUGCACAAAAAGCCAUUGAAGAAUUACAUAAUAAGGCAUUCAAGGGUAAAACCUUAAGAUGUUCACUUUCUGAAACAAAGCAUAGAUUGUUCAUUGGUAAUGUUCCAAAAAUCUGGACUGAGGAUGAGUUUCGAAAAGUCAUUGAGGAGGUUGGUCCUGGGGUUGAGCACAUUGAGCUAAUAAAGGAUCCCCAAAAUCCAAGCAGAAAUCGCGGUUUUGCUUUUGUUCUGUAUUAUAAUAAUGCCUGUGCUGAUUAUUCAAGACAGAAAAUGUCAAAUUCAAAUUUUAGGCUGGAUGGAAAUACACCAACUGUGACCUGGGCUGAUCCAAAAAGUACUUCAGAU